CGCCCAACCUCUUUUCGACAACUUUCUCCUUCAUUCUUCUACUUCUACUUGUACUGAGAAAGCUACGAUGGCUAAGAAGGUACUAUCAGGCAGCGCCACCGCCGUCGCAGUCCUGCUGCUGUGCUCAACUCUUCAACUCGCCGCCGCCAUUAAGGACGGUUUGCUGCCGAAUGGGAACUUCGAGGAGAAGCCGAAGGCGUCGGAUUUGAAGGGGACGCAGGUGAUGAGCCGGUAUGCGAUACCGAGCUGGGAGGUGACGGGAUUCGUGGAGUACAUCGAAUCGGGGCACAAGCAGGGCGACAUGCUGCUGGUGGUGCCGGAGGGUGCCUACGCCGUCCGCCUCGGCAACGAGGCCUCCAUCAAGCAGACGCUCAACGUCACCAAGGGCGUCUACUACUCCAUCACCUUCUGCGCCGCCCGCACCUGCGCGCAGGACGAGCGGCUCAACGUCUCCGUCACGCCGGAUUUUGGCGUCCUCCCCGUGCAGACUGCCUACAGCAGCACCGGCUGGGACUGCUACGCCUGGGCCUUCCUCGCCCUCUUCGAACGCGUCACCCUCGUCAUCCACAACACCGGCAUGGAGGAGGACGCCGCGUGCGGCCCCCUUAUCGAUGCCGUCGCCAUCAAGACCCUCUUCCCUCCCAGCCUCACUAAAGAGAACUUGCUGAAGAACAGAGGCUUCGAGGAAGGGCCGUACGUCGUACCCAACACCACCUGGGGCGUGCUCAUCCCGCCCAACAUCGAGGACGACCACUCGCCGCUGCCGGGGUGGAUGGUGGAGUCGCUCAAGGCCGUAAAGUUCAUAGACUCCGACCACUUCUCGGUGCCGCAGGGCACGCGCGCGGUCGAGCUGGUGGCCGGGAAGGAGAGCGCGCUGGCGCAGGUGGUGCGCACCAUCCCCGGGAAGUCAUACGCGCUGACUUUCUCGGUGGGUGACGCGGGGAACGGCUGCGAAGGGUCGAUGGUGGUGGAGGCCUUCGCGGCGCGGAGCACGGUGAAAGUGCCGUACGUGUCGAGCGGGCGCGGGGGGUACAAACGGGCGGUGCUCCGGUUCGUGGCCAUCGCUGAGCGCACGCGCGUUGUGUUCCUGAGCACCUACUACCACACCAAGACCGACGGCUCGCUCUGCGGCCCCGUCGUCGACGACGCCUCGGUGCUGAGCGUGCGGAGCCCCACGAGCCGCCGCCGCCGUUGAACACUUCAAUAUUUUUUCUUCUUCUUUAUAUGGCGUAUGAAUCGAAUCCGUGAUCCUAUCUAUAAUGGUAUAUCGAUGGAUGGCUUAAUACUAGCUAGAUCAUGGAAGGUAUAUAGAAAUAGCCAAAUCGGUGUUAUAGAGCGAGCUCUAAUCAAGGAUGAUCCAUGGAAGAUAUGGCGCCUUAUUUAAGCACCUCUAUCUAUGUCUUUGCUACAAUGAGUGAUCUUCAAGUACGCGUUUUAAGUUUGUUCAACAAUUUGGGUGGAUUAUGAACGUGUCUGUUACUAUA